AUGAGCACUUUAAGGCCGUCUAUUCCUCGCUAUUCCGCCCUGCUUCGCAAGAAGCCGUUUCCCAUCUCGCCAGUAUACGAUUCGAAGUCCUUUUACCCAGCGAAGCCUGGAGAGGUACUCGCCGAUCGUUAUCAGGCCCUGGUCAAGGUUGGCAGGCAUAUUGAAGAGCGAGAGAACAUCGUGGCAGUGAAAAUCGGCAAUAAUAAUGCGAGUUCUACUGGUCGUGAGCGCGAGAUUGGAGAACACAUUCCCACGGUAGACCCAUCACAUCGUGGUCGCUCGCUUAUCCGAACAUUGUUAGACUCCUUUGAAGUCGAAGGCCCAAGGGGUUCUCAUUCGUGCCUUGUGUAUCCGCCUAUGAGGGAGCCAUUGUCGAUGUAUCAGCGGCGCUUUGACGGUGAAAAGAUGCCACUGCCCCUCAUCAAAACAUAUAUUCGUGCGCUUCUUACCGGGCUUGAUUAUCUUCACAAAGAAUGCAGAAUAGUUCAUACGGAUCUAAAGCUUGAGAACAUCAUGGUUUCAUUCGAGGAUUCAGCUGUGCUUGCUGAAUUCAUGAAUUCCCAGCUUGAACAACCGAUGGCUUUCAAGAUUGAUUCGACGGGACGACCUGUGUAUCAGUCCCGUAAUGACUUUGGACCACUUAAGGGCCUGAGAAGCAUACCACAGCUUGUCGAUUUCGGCUUGGCAACCAGGCUCGAGGAAGAUGACGACUGGGGCGUCUGGCCUAUUCAGCCAGGCCACUAUCGCGCGCCAGAGGUGAUACUAGGUAAUGGAUGGCAAACGCCGGCGGAUAUCUGGAAUCUUGGUGUUCUGCUGUGGGAUAUGAUCGAAGGCAAAGAGCUAAUUCAGCAUAUCCAUGAUCAACAAGGUCGCUACGAUGCCAAACUACACAUUGCCGAGAUGAUAGCCUUACUCGGUCUACCUCCUCCGGAGAUCAUGCAAAGAUAUCAAUACAUGCGAGAAUACUCGUGGCCGGAACCUGUCAGACGAGAAGACGACAGAGUAUGCGAGACCGCGGAGGAGCACUUCUGCGGGCCAUUCUUUGACAAUAAUGGGCGCUUUCUCUACGAAGACUUGAUUCCCGACCGGAAAGUAGGCGACACAGUUUCCUUCCUCGAGGGAGAGGAGAAGGAAGCGUUUCUGGAUCUCGCCAAGGGAAUGCUUCUCUGGCAUCCGAGCCUGAGAAAAACGGCUGGCGAACUGGCGAAGCAUCCUUUCCUUCAACUAAAGCAAGUAGGCACUUGA